UCUCCCCUGCACUGGGCAGCCUGGCAUGGCCACCAUGAAACUGUAUCAGUUUUACUGACAGCUGGUGCAGAUGUGAAUGCACGGGGCUAUCGGGAAGACACACCCCUCCAUGACGCAACUAGAUCGGGCCGCCCCAAGUGUGCGGAAAUACUGCUGCAGCACGGGGCUGAUGCCGGUCUCAGGAACGAGUAUGGUCAAACGGCGGAGGAUAUCGCUGCAGAUGAGGACAUCAGUAACGCUGAUCCGUACAACAAAGAUGAUGAAGAACGAAUCACUCGUGGUAGAAAGGAAAUACUGAAGCUUCUCCGACAACAGAAUAAUGAAGUCUCCACACGUAAGAAAGGCUACGAUCCUGUACUCGUCCGGUUCUAUGAAGAAAGCGGAAUGACCGAGGCGAAGAAGGAUUGUCCGUUGAUAGAAGAAGCAGCUAAGCAGAGCGGGAAAACAGUUGACCAAGUGAAGAACUUCAUCGGCAACUAUCGUAGGAGUAAGGGCGGCAGUAAGCGGAGCCUCCCCACAGAUGACAUGGGGGCUGAGAACGUCACGGGACAUCGUGAAGACUUAGGGAUGUCUGCAAAAACGGGAGACAGCAGUGUUCCACUCGAAAUACAGCUGCGGGGUCCUGGAAUGCAGCAGCUGUACUCCCAGGCCUGCCGCCAGGGGGCGCGACCGGUGCACAGCGUGCGCGGGCUCGUGGUUGGUCAGUUCAGAUCCGGGAAGACGUGUGUCGUCAGGAGGCUGACAGGAGAGAAGGCUGUGGAGAAUGAACCGAUAACAGACGGCAUCGAGAUUUCACCCAGCGUGAAGACCAAGACUUGGCGGAAGGCAAAAGAGGAGCCAGACGAAUUCAAGGAAACUAUGGCAGAACGAUUGGCAGAACAACAAGAACGGGACAAACCACGCACCCGGACAUCGUCAGGGGCCCAAGGAGCAGUCAGGAAAAAGUCUACAGGAAAAGCACAAAAAACGACAAGGAAGCGGACUUUGCAAACGCAGCAGGAGAAACCACCGAAGGACGAGACGCCGACGCAAAGUCAACAGACACAAAAACUGGAGGAAGAAGAUGAGAAAGAAGGGAGAGAAGAAAGUGUGGUCACGACUAGGUCACGACAAACACAAGACAUGCCGGAUGAUGUCAAAACAAAAGCUCAACAGCGACUUCAGAGUGACGAGACGGUUCGGCAGCAAACACAAGACAUACCGGAUGAUGUCUUAGAAAAAGCCAAGGAGCGACUCCAAGGUGGCGUGACCGAGGAGCAGCUUGGAACAGCCGAACACCCGCGUCUCUCCCUCUGGGACUUCGGCGGCCAGGCCACGUACUACGGCUCGCACCAGUGCUUCUUCACGUACCGCGGGAUCUACAUCCUGGUCAUGUCACUGCUGCAGAAGCUGUCCGACCCAGUUCCUGAUCUGGACUACAAGGCGGCAGCGGACAACCUCGUAACUGGAGGAGACUACUUGGACCACUGGCUGAACUCAGUCCGCACACACACCCUGGUGCACGGGCGGGAGCAGACAGGAGAGCCGCGUGUCGUUUUGGUCCUCACGCACAAGGACAGAGUCGAUGAGUCGGACAUCGACGAGUAUAAGAAAGACAUACGUGAUCACAUCCGCGGUAAGGCAGCCGCUAAACACGUCUUACCAAAGAUAUUUGUCAUCGACAACUUCAACGAGGAAAACAGCGACAUUGACGAGCUCCGAGAAUACCUCCGUGAGGUGGCGAAGGGUCUGUGGUUCAUGGGCCAGGAGGUGCCGAUGACUUGGCUUCAUCUGAAGUCCAAACUGAUGGACAAGAGGAGAGAGGACGACCCAUUCUGCCGUUUCCAAGAUGUCGUCGAUCUGGCCCGGAGUGAUGACGUGGGCAUCACGGACGACAGCCAUGUUGCCGACAUUUUGACCUUCCUACACGACCUUGGUGACAUCAUCUUCAUCAACGAACCCGUUCUCCGUGAUCACGUGGCCCUUCGACCCCAGGUGAUGAUUGACGUCUUCAAGACCAUCAUCACCGUCCCGGAGUACCAACAGGACAGGAGCACGGAUGGGGAAGUUACCGACAUGUGGAGGAGGCUGGAGACGGAAGGCAUCCUCAGUGACAGGCUGUUGACAAUCAUCUGGUCCAAAGCAGAUCAGAAGAUUCAGAAACCCUUCCUACUGCGGCACAAACACUUCCUGAAGCGACUGAUGGAAAAGUACUACCUCCUCUGCAACGCCACGUCGAUCGUAGGGUUUGAUGACACUUCAGGUGAUCCUGAGAAAGAAGAGAUAUACUUCGUACCGUCUCUACUGGCCACAAAGCCUGACGACAGCACCUUGUAUCCUGGGCACAUGAGGAGAUACCAGCAUCCUCUGUAUGUCGUAUUCGACAACAUGUUCCUCCCAAGUGGCAUGUUCUAUCGUCUACAAGCCAUCUGUGUGCGAAGGUUCGGUCUUCAAGAGUCCCACGUGUUCGCCGGCUGCGGUCGCUUCCCUACCGACGAUGAAAAGCAACAGUUCGUGAUAACCAAAGUGAAGCAUUACCUGAAGGUAGAGCUUCUGUCGGUUGAAGCUGAAGAUCAGCCAGUGUUCACACAGGCCCUUCCUGUUAGAAAGUUCCUCAGCAGUUGUCUCUUUGAGAUCAAGGAGAAGUGGAUCCCGUCCAUCCAGUAUGACUGGUGCUUUGGGGAGGAGUCAGAAAAAGAAACAGGAACACCAGUAUUCUACCCACUGUCUGACAUCGAGCAAGAAACGGCAACGGGAUCCAGUCGUUUUCCAGAAGACUUCAUCAAUGUCUGGAUACGUGGCAGAAAUGAUACGACAACGUUCUGUGCAGAAAACUCAGGUGGUUCCGGACCCGUGAUGAUAGAGCCGACGCUGAACCCAGACGCAGUCCACACGAUCGGUCCUGUCCUGGACUGUAUGGAGACCUGCAGAGGGCUGAGUCUGGCGCAGUGUGAUCGGAUCAGACACGAGCUAACAUCCGUCAGCAGGUUCAAAGAGUUGGUUGCCACCGUCAACAGGGCCGGAGACAUGUGCCGUCGUUUGCUGGGAGCGUCCUUGGACGUUUGUCUGCCUGAGAGAGCACCCAUGUUCCCCAGGGAAGAGAGAGGGAACGAAAUUGUUCUCCUACACAUCGGAGACUACAAUGACAAGCUCACCCAGCCACUGUUGAAACAGGCAGUCCAAUCGUCCAGCAGGUACGGUGUAACAGUGUCUGAAGACGUCAUCGAACCAGGAGAAAUCAUCACAGACAAACUCUUGCACCAUCUUCUCCAACGGAACGUCAGGAUGGUCGUACCGAUCAUCACACCCCAGACUCUCCACAGCAGACAUUGGUCCACGCUCGGGUACGAAUUCUGUGUACAGAACAAGAACCUGGUCUUCCCGGUCUUCGCGUACCCUGAAGGAACCAGAGAGCGUUUGCUAGAGGUGCUCGGCAGGCGCUGUGCGGGGAUGUUGGAUAUGGCAUCAACAGAAGUACCAAUGGCUGAAGAACCACUGUCCAGUACCAAAAUCAGUCUCACUGCUGUGCAAAUCCUGAGGAAGGCGUCGUCUUCUGUUGUGCUGUACACACGCCAGAUCACAGCUGCAGGAUGCACGGUUGUGGAGGAUGGUGUCACUAUCUUCUUUCCGAAAGGAUGCGUCAAGAAGAAAAGGUCCAUGUCUUUGGAGGUUGAUAUGCUGCCCAUAGAUGGGACCAUGGCAAACAGUUUCUCAGCUGUGACACCGGUAAUGACCGUGCACCUAGACACUGAGGAAGACUUCCUAAAGCCCGUCACUGUCACCCUGCCCUGGACAUGGAAAAGCACCUGUGACCUGGGCAGAACCAUCCUGAUUAAAAGGUCUACUGAUGGCCAUCAGUGGUCGAUAUUAAGCACCGAGGUUCGGGAGAACAAGGACACGAUCACCUUCACAACGUGUCACUUUUGCAGCGUUGUCGGUGCCAAGAAAAAAGACAACGCUGCAGAAGCCUCCACCUCUUCUGAUACAAGUACAGAAAAGCAGGACGAGGCAGCCAAUCAAGAGGCAACUGAAGCUAUAGAAGUCCUUGUAACAAGGUACAGUGACGACAAAGUGCAUCUUAUUAUCAGUCCCAAUGAAGCAACGACAGACGACAAGCGCAUUCAUCUGCUGUGCAUCGAGAAGGGCAAAAAAGUCACGGAGUAUUUCAGAGCAGAUAACUUUAAGACACCACCGCCGUUCCGACAAGAGGUCACCAUGCACAAGAAGGAGAGAAUCCGUGCGCGGUUUGGUGAGGAAGAGGACGUCAUUGGAGAUCCACGUGACAUUCCACCGGAGCCGCGUGGUAUUCAGUUCGUCUUCCCGCCGGCGAACUGUAACCGAAUCUCGGUCAGACUGAAGCUGCGAGAUCCGCAGAUAGGAAAGGGGAAGUUUGAAGGAGCAGUCCAUUUCACAUUACUGUCAGAAGCAGGUGAACCAGUAAAUGACCCCAUCUGUGGGAUAAAUUCAGCUCAUGUCUACCUGCACUCUCUGCAAGAUGAGGGGAAGACAAGUCAGGUUCAGCAGAAGGAAGGCACUGUCACCAUGACCAAGGCGUCCAAGAUACAACAUAAGAAAGGUGGAAAGAGGAAAGCCAAAACUCGGCAUGUUGGCCCCCCGGUAAAGCGACCUAAGCAAGAGUUCACGUCUGUUCUGAUGGUUAACGAUACGUACGGCACGUCCCAUGGAGGUACCUCCGCCACCACCUCCACCACGAACCGUCAGGUGGCGAAGUUUCUAAAACUUCAUGGUGCUACAGUUCAUGUUACAGCUUUGCAAGCAUCUGAAGAAGACAAGAGGUGUGCCACAGAGGAUGGUGUCACUUUGCAUUUGCCUGUUCGAAAUCCCAGGGACGAGAGGACGCCAUCUUUGGAAUGGAUAACCUUUGACCACAACAAUCGCUACCCAGGCAUACCACAGGAUCUAAAGUGCAUUGUGGGUCAUGUAGAUGUCACAAGUGGAGCCGCAAAGAACAUACAAGAGAGCCGCUGUCAAAACGCGAAAUUGGUCCUUUUCAACCACGACAUGCCAGAAGAGACGGAAUACUACAAGGGAUCUAAGAAAUCGCUGGCCGCAAGGAAGAAGAUGAAAGACAUCCUCGAAGAUGCAAAGAAUGCAGAUGCCGUGUUCUCCUUGGGAAGAAGAAUUUACGACUACUUCGAGACGAAGUACAUAGCGCUUAAAGACAGCAAAACACGUCAGCACUUCUUAUUUCUCCCAAGACCAUCCCCAGUGUUUGAAGCCAUCUCUGUUAGACCAGGAGCAGGGGAGAAAGUCGUGCUGACUGUCGGGAGAGUGACCGAAGUGGACAAGCUGAAAGGCCAUGACCUGAUAGCACGGGCCAUGGGGGACGUUACAGAGAAGAUCACAAACGUCAGAUUGUGUGUUCGCGGGAUAGAUGAAGAUGACUGGGAAGCAAGCAAGAGAAUCCUGGAGGAGAACCUGCACAGUGGUAAGAUCAAACCCACCCUGCUGCCAUGUGGAACCCAGGAGGACAUCGCUCAGGACAUGCAGCAGGCUCACCUGGUCCUGAUGCCGUCCCGUGCCGAGCCGUUCGGACUGAUCGGUCUGGAGGCCAUCGCAGCAGGCAUCCCUGUACUCAUCUCUGACAAGUCAGGGCUGGCAGACAUGAUCAAGGACUUGAUUAAGGAGAAGAAAUGCCAUCCAGAUAUGAGGCACAGGAUCGUGAAAACCAGCGUGAGGGAGUCUGACAUUGGAGACGACGCAAAAGAAUGGGCAAAGAAGAUCACAGACACCUUGGAAUACUCUGAGGCAGAAUUUGACAAAGCAGCAGAGUACAAGAAGAGGUUGUUGGAGUCCAAGUACUGGGAAGAGUCGCAACAAAACCUGUUGAGGGUCUGUGGCUUGAAUGACUGACUCUAGACGCGUCCACUCUCCCACGUGUCAGAUUCACUAAUUGCUGAAUUUGAUCAACAGACUUUUGAAUGCAAUCAGUGCGGUUCAAAAGUAAAGUAGUGACUGACAGUGGCCUCAUCUAUUAGUUGCCAUGUACAAUUUCAAAGAUGUACUAAUUUACAUUGACACUGUCUAUUGCCUCCAUACAGGCCUUAUCUAUCAUGUACGCUGCAAUUAUCUAGGACGACGUAGCCCGUGGUUGUGGAUUACUUUUGUACAUGUAGUAUGAUAUCAAUAGGAACUUGAAAUGACCAAAAAGGCGUAAUUUUCAAUCCCGUGUAAUUUUAAUUUUGUAUAUAAACCUGUAUGUAUCAAAUGGAGAGUCAUCUAACAUACAUAUAAGCAUGGCAUGCACCGGCAAGCUAUUAUGAUAGUCAUAUUUAGAGUACU